AUGUUGUCUCCUAAGGCCGCGGCGGCCUUCUUCAACCUGUUCCUCCUCGUCUCCGCGGCUCCGAGGAAGCGGCAGUCAGACGGCAUUGGGUCAUGUACCAAUCUCCACAUCUUUCUCGGCCGUGGGUGGAAUGAACCCUACCCCGGCCGACAACAGCUCCUCUACGACGCAACCUGUAACGGCCUCGCCAGCUGCGACUACGAAGAUAUCCGGUACGAUGCAACCAGCACCGGCUCCGUCGAGUCAGGCCGUGCCUCCGGUAUCUCUCAGCUACAGGCGUACACCCAGCGCUGCCCCAAUUCCAGGGUCGCUCUAAGCGGGUACAGCCAAGGAGCUAAUGUUAUAGCGGACAUGCUUGCUGAUUCCGGACUAAGCCCGAGUGCUGCUCCCGCGAACCAGAUCUGCGCCGCUCUCCUUUUCGGCGACCCAAACCACGUCCCCAACCAGAGCUACAAUGUCGGGGGCGGAGCCGGGUUCUCGGGCAGGUGGCCCCGAUCCCAGUCCUCUACCGAUAGCUUGAACAAUUUCGCUGGGGUCUUGCGUUCGUGGUGUAACGUUGAUGACCCCGUCUGCGCGUCUAAUUCCGGCCAGGACGGCGGCGAGCUCGCGCACACGAACUACUUCCAGGUCUACACCAACGAAGCCGCAUCGUUUAUCAGGGAGAAGUGUGUCGGCUCGCAACCGUCGCCAGACCCACCCGGCGGCGGUUCCCUUUGCGUGUAG